AUGAAAACUUUACUAGGGCCUUUCCUAGGCACCUUGUCUCUUCUACAUUCAGUAACUGCAUUUCUUAGCCUAGACCAAGGUAAGACUAAUCAAUAUUGAUUCGUGGAUUUGGUUCAUCUGGUGGCGUUUAAGUGUUACAUCUGCUGAUACAUCCUUUCCUCCUAGAUGUUGUAUUAGUUCGAAGGUAUACUAAUGAAACCUCAUCGUCGCAUGCAGUUUCUUCCGUCAUAUCAUCAAAAGGGUCUCCGACCACCACACUCAUUCCAUCUAGCAAAUUAUCUAUAUCUUGUACGGCAACAGUCACUUCAACAAGUGGCCAGCCUAUAACAGCUGCAAGAGAAGCUUGUCCCACCACUGUCACUAUCGUUUAUACAUCUGUAUCGGUUCCAAAUAAUAGUAAAAGUGCCACUAAAGUAUCCACGUCCGAGAAGGCAGCCGUUACCACAUCGGCCCAAGCAUCGACAUUGAAGACAUCUGCACAUACUACUAUUGCCAGUCCGGAAACCAAGUUGAGCUCUGACAGUUCUAACCCAGUCCCCUCCAUACUUCAAUCUUCAGAGACCUCCGCUGAAGCUUUCAGUACACUCUCAAGUACUUCUGUCGCUCAUUCUAGUUCUAUCACCUCAAAGUCAGAUGAACAGAUAAGCUCAUUGACUUCGAAGCGAUUUAGUAGCAGCACGCCACUCUCGAGUGUCUCUACUGCACCCACUGCUUCACAUCCAAGUAUAUCGGGUGGACCUUCAUUAUCAAAAAUAUCAGAGUUAUCUUCGGAAUCUCUUUCUCCGACGAACUUACCUGGCGGCAUCACAACAACACAAGCCUUCACAGUCACGGCAUCAUCAGCGGGCUCAACAACACUACUUCCGUCCUCGAAGAGUGUCGCUUCAUCCUUUCCAUCUGUGCAUACUGAUAUUCCGAAGCCCGAGUCUUCGAGUAUCUUUAUCUCAUCCAAGACAACCAGUUCUGCGUCGUCAACUCUCAGUGUUACCUCUAACAGCGAAUUGAUCACGUCUAAGAAUUCUAAUUUUGCUUCAUCAACCGCGGGACUCUCCGACUCGACUGCUCCAGCUUCUCUCACUGUGAGCCCAGAAUCGAGCUUCAAGCCUAAUUCGAUAUCCUCAAAAGCGCCGUCAACUACCACGACGUCAAAAACAUCAGAAUCUUCUGUUCAAUCAACACGCGAGCCUAAUUCUGAACCCGGCUCCGUGCAAUUGUCAAUCUCUUUUACAGUCAGCUCUCUUUCAGGCCCGUCUGAGUCUUCCGUCCAAUCGACACGUGAAUCGAGAUCAAAAGCUAGCUCGGGGCCUUCAAAGGUGUCAGCAACUACCUUGACAUUCCAAACACCCAAAUCUUCCUCAGCUCAGACAACACAUGAAGUUCAACCGGAAUCUAGCUUGACAUCCUCUUCGUCGGUGUCUACAACUGCUGUUUCGAUCCCCAAAACAUCUGGGUCUUCCAUUCAAACUACAGCUGAAAGUAAAUCAAAGACCGCUUCGGAGCCUUUGAAGAUAUCGUCGACUACCAUAACAUCCAAGACAUCUGAAUCUUCUGUUCAAACCACCAGUGAAGUUAAGUUGUCAUCAAGCUCAUCUUUAUCGUCAGUCGUAUCAUCAACUGUCUUAGUUUCGCAAAUCUCCGAGACGUCGUCUUCUCCAACGACACGAGAAGAUCAGUCAGCUUCAUCAUCGACUUUCCAAACUCCUAAGCCCUCCGGAAGUUCCUCGUCCCUAACGACACGGGAUCUUAAAUCGGAAUCAAGUAAAUCGACUUCUUCUGCUUCCUCGCCGGCAUUUCCUUCUUCUGUAACAUCCGAAACCUCUUCUGCUCCAACGUCACGAGUAAGCAAAUCAGACUCGAGCAAAUCGGCAUCACCAACUUCAUCAGCUUCGUCAGUUUUAGGUAUUGCAACCUCAAAAGCAUCUCAGGCAUCAACUCAAACUCAAUCAAACAACGAGUCGACAUCAAGCCCUUCCACGGUUGAAGCUCAGCCGACUUCGGUGUCUUCGAAUACCCAAAGCAAAAUCACGCAGGAGAUAUCUUCAAACAAACAGUCAAGCACUUUCAACCCGACUUCCAACCCUACCACUACCUUUCAAGGGCACACUUCAUUGCAAUCAGACACUACAUCUUAUAGCUCAAACUUACCAGGACAAAGUACAUCGGAAUUAAAAUCAACGAGCAAAAGUACCGAGGCUCCUACUCAAGGAAAACCUUCAGAAACUACUGCUGAUAAUACAAAGCCUGCAAGCAUUACUCAGGAACCCUCUACUUUUACCCAAGUAUCUGGAACUGCUUCUACAAGUGUGGAAUCCUCAGUCAGCGAAAGUUCAAAGCAUAGUAGCUCAAUUGAGGACCUAUCCACAUCUAUAAAGAGCACGAAAGUUCAUUCAAUUAGCACUUCCCCGUCCAAUUUUCCAGAAAAGACUGAGACUGGAAAGACUGCUGAAGGGACCUCUCUAUCCUUCUCUUUACUUAGCAAGGUUACUAGUGAAGCUUUUUCCGCCACCGGUGAGAAAUCCAAGACUUCAAUCUCCUCGCCUCUUACGUCUCUCAAGUCGUCAUCCGAGAAAGAAUCAACCACCUCACAUACGACAAAGAUUCAAACUUCAGAAGUUAGUUCCAAAACAGGGUCCGCAAAGGGGUUGACAGAGCCUACUGCGUCACCUACGAGUAAAGUUCAGACUCCAACUGAAAGCUCUAAAUCAGAAUUAUCGAAUUCACUCCCAUCAAAGACCUCUGCGACCUUACAGGGUGAAUCAAGCAUAAAGCCCACUUCCUCUCAAACCUCUGUCUCUGUACCAUCAUCUACAGACAUGAAUACGAGUGUUAUUUCGGGUUGUACAGCAACUCUUUCGGUUGCUGGACAAGUCUUACCAGCAUGUCCACAUACAAUCACUCUUGAUUCAUUCUUUUCCACUUCAAAGACACCGGCUCCGACUUUACCUACCAGUAUUAUAGUUUCAACCAGUAGUUCUGCUACUUCAAAGGUGGUUGAUACUACUAGUAGUAGCAUAUCUAAGAUCAGCUCUGCUAAAUCUAACCCGGCUACGUCCAACCCAGCUACUUCCAGUUCAGCUACUUCUACUUCCAACCCAGCUACUUCCAACCCGGCUACUUCCAACCCGGCUACUUCCAAUUUCGUCAGCAAAUCUCAAGACGCGCCUACGUCUGUUCCUAAUAUUGCUUCACCAACUACUAGCUCAGCUAUCAAGUCACCUGAUACACUGACAAUAGUCCCUGCGACUAGUAACCCGACAAAUCCUAUAUCUAUACCUGGGACUAAAUCUUCUGAGACAGCAACCAUUGGCUCAUUCUCGGGAUCUGCAGUUGCUUCGUCUACGGCAUUACCUUCUAGUCCCAAUCCAGUUUCGAGUAAAUCACCUGAUGCUCAAACAUCUAUGCCAGCCGCGACCAAGUCGCUUGAUGCAGCUACUUCUAGUCUAGCGAAUAGCAUUAAUCCUGCUACGAGCAAAUCACCAGAUGCUUCUAUCUCCGUCUCAGCAACCAGUGCUUCGGUUAUCCUAGCCACGACUAAAUUGCCAGAUUCUCUAGCUUCUAGUUCGGAGACUACCAAGUCACCUGAUACACUUAUUUCAAACCCAGUCACCACAAAGGCACCAGAAUCAACUGCUGCUCCUGCAGCUAGUUCCGUGAUUUCAAAGGUCGAUGCUAGCGGUGGAAAUACUUCUGAAAUAUUUUCAACAGUGACACCUACAAGUCAAGCUCGUACCGAAACCACUAAGGCUAUAUCAACUCCACAAGCAACUUCAAAUCUUGUGGCUAUUUCAGGGACACAAACUGUUGAUAGCGCGACCAAACUAGCAUCCUCAGAAUCUACGAUUUCCUCAUCAGUAGCGCCACUAGUGAGCAACACAGCUACAACAGUCAAUAAUGUCUCUCCUCCAUCAACUACCAAUCCUGUUUUGGUUACAGGAACAAACCCGACUGGUACUGCUUCAAUCUUAUCAUUAUUAGGAUCCACAGUCUCCCCGUCUAUUGUAUCAUCAUCUUUUUCUGACUUCGCUAUAACAACGAGCAAUGUUUCACCACCAGGAACGACAAACCCUGUAUCUGUGCCCGAAACUCAAUCAGCUGGUACUACCACAAACGUGUCGUCAUUUGAAUCUACAGUUCCUACAUCGACCGCAGUUUCCCUCGGUUCAAAGCCAGCAGAUACCACAUCUGUAAGCAAUCCAACCAACACUGUAAUUGGAAGCCCUGCAUCUCUACCUUCUUCUACCGGAAAUUCUGGAACCAGUACAUCAGCUGUAGGAAUACCAGUUGGUCUACCAAGUGAUAAAAGUAAAAUUCCCGUAGGUUCAAUUGGAACAGCCGACAUUAUUGGUACUCAGCCCAUAGCCAGUAACCCCAACAUUCAAAUAGGCGCCACAGCUAAAGGACCUCUACCAUCUGACACCGGUACCGCGAUCCCCAGUAUCCAGGUAUCUCCCAGUGGUGUAAAAACCAAUCCUGACGUCACAACUGCAGUUUCAAACCCAGCAAUCACACCAACAACCAUCAACCCCUUACCAGGCCAAACAACCAUCGCGCCAGUUGUAGUUAAUUCCCUAACACUCAGUCAAAAAACCUCUGACUUCGUCAUCGGUACCCAAACCAUCAAGCCCGGUUCCGAAGCCACUGUUAGCGGGGAACGAAUCUCAGUUGCUCCAUCUGGAUCUGCAAUUAUCAUCAAUGGCGUAACAACAAGUGUUACAUCCACACCCUCUCCUACAACUAGCGGUGUCAAAACCGUUUUAUCAACUACUACCGAGGCCCUCCCCGGUGUUGUUGUAGUCGGAACUUCAAGCGUAACGGCCGAUUUCAAGAACUCCGCUUUCCUAAUCGGAAGCGCAACACUCACUCAAGGCGGAGCAAUAACCACCGGUUCAACCAUCAUCACUCUUCCACCCAGCACAACCACCUCACUCCCCUCCAACAUAGUUGUAAUUGGAUCCUCAACCUACACCAAAAAUUCAGCAUCCGGCGUGCUAAUCGGUUCUCAAACACUGAAACCCGGAUCAGUUAUCACCGUCGACGGAUCCACCGUUUCUCUAUCUCCUACUGGGAAUGCCGUGGUGAUAAAUGCCAAUUCGGGAUUUGUGACUAGUACAGCUAGUUUGCUGCAUGUGGUUCCUGUUAGCAGUGUGAUGAUUGGUGGUCAGACGCUUACGGCUGGGGGGACGGUUACACAGGGUGGAGAUAUUUUGAGUUUGGCGGCUGGGGGGACGGGUAUCGUGGUUGUGGGGACUAGGACUGUAGGAGCUGUGGGACAGACGGAGGCGCCGAAGAAGAAGAGUGCGGGUGUGAGGGGGAAGGGUGUGGGAAUGGGGUUGGGGAUGGGGUUGGGGAUGAAGGGAUGGGGAGUGUUGUAUUUACAGAUUUCUUUUGUGGUUUUGGUUUUAUGGUUGUAA